UCUUUCUCGGGACUCCAUCUCCCGAGCCCGGUACUUAAGCGGUGUCGCCGGUCUCCGCGGCUCCUGAAUCCCGCAGCUUCAGGGCGGAUCGUGGCUGGCUGGCCACCCCCCGCAGGGCCGCGUGGGAGUGGGCUCUCCUCGACCCUUUGUUCUCCCUCCUGACGCAGCAGCCGCAAGGAGGAUGGCCAUGUCGCUUGGAGCCUGUCAUGACUGUAGAGUCAGGGCUUCCGUAUAAAGUCUGAGUUUCUUCUCUCUGAUCCCAGAAGUAUCUGAGGCUGCUCCAGAGUUAUUGACAACCUCUCAUCUGUGCCUUCUCAAGGCUCUGUCCUUCUUCCAAGACAGAGCAUAGUGGAAGAAGAGGAGGGAAUGAUCCCUGGGCUUCUAACAGCCAGGUCUCGGGUAUCGGUAACAUUCAAGGAUGUAGCUGUAGACUUCACUAAGGAAGAAUGGCAAGAACUAGAACCUUCUCAGAAAGACCUGUACAGGGAAGUAAUGUUGGAGAACUAUAAGAACCUCAUUUCCCUGGGAGUUCCAAUUUCCAAACCAGAUGUUAUCUACCAGUUGGAACAAGGAGAAGCACCAUGGAUGUUGGAAAGAAGAGUCCCAAGGGGUUCCUCUCCUGAUGGGGAGAAACUUGAACAACCUGAAAUCAAGGUAUCAUCAUGGAAGCUGGGUGUUUUUAUAGAAGAAUCAUCCAAGGAAAGGUUCAUAUGGGAUAAUCCCUGGGGCCCCAUGUUGGGAGAAGCCAGGGAAUAUGAUAUCAGGUCAGAAGGACUUUCUAGGCAAGGAAAAUUAACUCGAAGGACAAGUAAAACAAGAAGCCAUGAAUAUAAAUUUGGGAAAAACUUUGAUCAGGAGUCAGCCCUUUUUCCUCAACAGAGAGUUCCUAUAGGAAAUAGUCCCCCAAAAUGUGAUGACUAUGGAAAGAAUUCCAGUGAACAGUCACACAUAGCUAAAUGCAAUAGAAUCUUCUCAGCAAAGAAGCUUUCUAAGUAUAGUGAAUGUGAGACAUCCUUCAGCUAUAAUACAGGCAUUAUUCAAAACCAUAGACUCCAUUCUGGAGAGAAAACUUUUGAGUGCAACAAAUGUGGGAAGACCUUCAGUCAGAAAACUGGCCUUACUGAACACCAGAGAAUUCAUACUGGUGAGAAACCUCAUAAAUGCAAUGAAUGUGGGAAAGCCUUUAGACGUAGCACACAACUUAAUGUACAUCAACGAAUUCAUACUGGAGAGAAACCCCAUAAGUGCAAUGAAUGUGGAAAGGCCUUCAGACGAAGCACACAACUUACUGUACAUCAGAGAAUUCAUACUGGAGAGAAACCCCACUUAUGUAAUGAAUGUGGAAAGGCUUUCAGACAGAGCACACAACUUACUUACCAUCAAAGAAUUCAUACUGGAGAAAAGCCCCACAAAUGUAAUGAAUGUGGAAAGGCCUUUAUCCGGAACACACAACUUACUGUACAUCAGAGAAUUCAUACUGGAGAGAAACCCCACAAAUGUGACGAAUGUGGGAAAGCCUUUAUCCAGAGAAUACAACUUACUGUACAUCAGAGAAGUCAUACUGGAGAGAAACCUCAUAUGUGUGAUGAGUGUGGGAAGGCCUUUAGACGAAGUACACAGCUUACUGUACAUCAAAGAAUUCAUACUGGAGAGAAACCACACAAAUGUAAUGAAUGUGGAAAGGCCUUUAUCCGGAACACAGAACUUACUGCACAUCAAAGAAUUCAUACUGGAGAACAUCCCCACAAAUGUAAUGAAUGUGGGAAGGCCUUCAUACGUAGGACACAGCUCACUGUACAUCAAAGAAUUCACACUGAUGAGAAACCCCACAUAUGUAAUGAGUGUGGAAAAGUCUUCAUCCAGAGCAUACAACUCACUGUACAUCAGAGAAUUCAUACUGGAGAGAAACCUCACGUGUGUAAUGAAUGUGGAAAAACCUUCAACCACCGAUCAUCCCUUAGUUCCCAUCUGAGAAUCCAUACUGGAGUGAAGCCCUAUAAAUGUAAAGAAUGUGGUAAAGCCUUUAUGGAUAGUUCUUACCUUACCUACCAUCAGAGAAUUCAUACUGGAGAGAAACCUUAUACUUGUAAUGAAUGUGGGAAAGCCUUUAAUCAUAGAUCAUCCCUUAAAAACCAUCGGAGAAUUCAUACUGGGGAGAAACCUUAUAAAUGCAAUGAAUGUGGUAAAUGCUUCAGUAACUGCUCAUCACUUGCUUGCCAUCAAAAAAUCCAUACUGGAGAGAAACCUCACAAAUGCAAUGAAUGUGGAAAGGCCUUCAUUCAGAUCAUCCAUCUUACUGUACAUCAGAGAAUUCAUACAGGAGAAAAACCUUAUGAAUGUAAUGAAUGUGGGAAAGCCUUCAAACACAACUCAUCCCUUACUUCCCAUCUCAAAACUCAUACUCGAAAGGAACCACAUAAAUGGAGCCGACAACAUAGUCACCAUCAGAGAAAUCAUACAAGUAAGAAACCCCUUAAAAAUAACAAAAGUGGUAAAGCCUUCAACCACAGCCCGUCCCUUAAUCAUCAGAAAAGUCACAUUGGAGAGAAGUCUUGUGAACCUCAAACCCCUCAUCCUGACAGUACUUCAGUGAAUCCAUGAGCUCAUCAACGUGGGUACUCAAUUGCAGGUUGCAGCCUAAACACACCUCACUCUAUGCACAUCUUAGUCCAUGUUCAUCCUGAUAGUCUAACAAAAUUGUUGUGUCAAAAUUGGCCUGUUCGCAUAUAUAGUAGCAUUUUCAAUUUU